GUGCCCACUCCUAGUACUUCUAACCUCCUUGCUGUUUAGGCUCUGCUUGCAGAGCCUAAACAGCCUACAUAUAUAUACACCUUGAGAGUGGCGCCAUCUGUGUUUGCGCCGGGCAACUCACUUUUUGUGCGGAGGUUGCCUCCUUUCCUCGUUGCCUCGUUUUUUUUUUUUUUUUUUUAAUUUAUUUUUAUAUAUAGCAUGACCAGCAUGACCCCAUAAACACACCAACGAGCUUGCAGUGCUUGCAGUGCUCACCCGUCGAACACUAAUUAUCCUUUAUCCACUUUAUCCCUUACCGGGUUUACCUGCUUUCUUGGCUCCUCGCUACUCGCCUUGUUAUGUGGUAGAUCUGAGAAAGCCGUCAUAUGAAGCCGCGGCUAACUUUUCUAGUAUUGAAUCUCUUCACAGAAGCAGAAAGCCUUGCAAGCCUCCGUACACAGAUUCUUGUACCUACAAGCAGUACAAGGCGGCUCGACUAGCUCGCAAUGUCGUUAGACCAAGUUGGAAGCACAGAUGUCCGAGAGGAGGGCGGCCUGGCGCCUGUCGUGCAGAAGCACUACAACAGCCUCGAAAACGGGGGCUUGCAGGAGAGAGAUCGCAGCAGGAUACUGCACAUGAGAAACUUCAAUAACUGGAUCAAAAGCAUGCUGAUUCGGGAGUACAUCAACAAGCGAAGAAGCGACAAAGUCGAUGAUGCUCCUUUCAACGUCCUCGACCUCGGUGCCGGGAAAGGAGGGGACCUCCUCAAGUGGAAGAAGGGCAACAUCUCCUACCUGGUCUGUGCAGAUAUUGCGGGCACAUCGCUGGAACAUGCGGAGCAGCGCUACCGAGAACUCUCGGAUAGGCAACGGCGGCAAAGGGAGCCCGGCGGCAUGUUUGAUGCCGAGUUCAUUGAGGCAGACUGCACCAAGGUACGGCUCAAGGACCGUUACCGCCGCAAGAACCUUGGCCUGGAUCUGGUGAGCUGCCAGUUCACCUUCCACUACAGCUUCGAGAGCCUGGACCAGGCCCGGUGCAUGCUGCAGAACGCUGCAGAGUGCCUCGAGCCCGGCGGCUAUUUUAUUGGCACCACUCCCGACGCCAACGACCUGGUACGCAGGGUGCGUGAGGCCCCCGGCCUGAAGUUUGGCAACGAUGUGUUUUCUGUCGAGUUCCUGGGGUCGAAGGACACACUCCCGUUGUUUGGAGCCAAGUACAACUUCCAUCUUGAGGGCGUCGUCGACUGUCCAGAGUUCCUCGUCAACUUCGACGUCCUGCAAGAGUUGGCCAAGGAGUUUGGCCUGCUGCUCGUCUACAAGCAGAGGUUUGAAGACUUCUUCAAUUUGUACAAGGAGGAUGCAGAAGGAAAGAUACUUCUUCGCAAGAUGCAAGCACUCGAGGGCUACCCACCGCAAGGAGGCCAGUCGCCUAUGGGCAGGGAUCCCGAAGAUUAUGAACACGCUUGCAGGGAGAUUGAGAAGCUCAAGGAACAGGACCCGUCAUCAAACCGGAGACUUCAAGUGGGAACCCUUUCAAAGGCAGAAUGGGAGGCACUAAGCAUUUACGUCGUGUUUGCAUUUCAGAAGAACUAAGUGGUGAUGCAACAUUCCUGCUAGAACAUCUGUCUCAUUUCUGACGUCUAUGCGUACGUUGGUUUCCAAGCCCAUCAGUCUUGCGGAGGAACACUGGAAGGACUUUCAAUUGAUAAUUUGGUGCAUAUCAGAGUGCAUCAGUAUACUUUUUUAUUCAUUUUACUCGAAUGGUUCACUGUGCUUCAUUUCAGUGGUCGCAAGUAUACACACCGAGAUUUUUGUUGUUUGCUCUUGGAAGGCUUUGGUGAAUAUCGUGUACGAAAAAGUUAAGAUUGUGCUUUGUUGUAGUAGUUCCAGGGAUUCCCACCGAUAACUUUGUUUAUUCUCUGAGGGCUACGUAUUAAUGCCUCACGCAAAAAAGUAAGACAAAUAAACCAACAAUUUUACCGUG